AUGCAGUCGCUCGACCUCUCGCUCAAGAAGAAGAAGAAGAAGAAGAAGCCAGCGCUCGACUUGGAGGACGGCGCGUCGCCAGCCGUCGACGAGCUCACCGACAAGACAGAGGCCCUGUCAUUGAACGAGGAGGCCGCACCCGCAGACGCAGACCUGACUGGCAAGAAGAAGAAGAAAAAGUCAAAGUCGGCCAGCGAAGAAGCCCCUGCCGAAGAGGAGCCCGUCGCCGAGGAGCCGCUCGAGGAGAUUGACACCUCGAUCAAGAAGAAGAAGAAAAAGUCUAAGGCUCUCGAUGAAGAGUUGGAUGCAGAGGCUGCCGUCGCUGCUGCCGAGGCCGCCGAAAACGACAUGUUUGGCGACGAUGCCCCCGCCGACGACACUGGCGACCUCGACCUCUCUGGCAAGAAGAAGAAGAAGAAGAAGAAGGCUGCUGAAGCCGGCGAAGAAGAAGACGAUGUCUUUGCAUCAGAGGAGAAGGCUCCUGUUGCUGCCGGCGCCGAGACAUGGCUUGGCUCGGACCGCGAUUACACAUAUCCAGAGCUGCUGCAACGCGUAUUCGACAUUAUGCGUGCAAAGAACCCGACCGUGGCGGUGGGCGAGAAGCGACGAUUCGUCAUGAAGCCUCCUCAAGUGCUGCGCAUCGGCGCCAAGAAGUGCGCGCUGGUCAACUUUGUGGAGAUUUGCUCGCUGAUGCGACGCACGCAAGAUCACGUGCUGUUGUUCAUUCUUUCCGAACUCGGUACCACUGGCUCGAUGGACGGCAACAACCACUUGAUUGUCAAGGGUCGCUUCCAACAAAAGCAGAUGGAGACCGUUUUGCGACACUACAUUCGCGAGUACGUCACAUGCCACACUUGCAAAUCGCCCGAGACCAACCUCACCAAGGAAAACCGUCUCUCCUUCUUGCAAUGCGAGACCUGCGGCUCAACAUGCUCGGUCGCCGCCAUCAAGGCCGGUUUCCAAGCAAUCACCACCAAGCGUGCUGCCAUGCGCACUGGCUAA